AUGUUUUUCAUUCUUAUUUUCUUCGCCUUCGUUUUGAAUUUCUUCUUCUCCUUAAAAAUUCUUCUUCUUUUCCUUCUUAUUUUCCUUCUUCUUUUCACUCUUUUUACACGCUUCUACAUCUUUUUCUUCAGUACUGAAUUAUUUUUCAAUGACUUCUUUAUUCUAUUUCACUUCUUCUUAUGUUUUUCAUUCUUAUUUUAUUCGCAUUCUUUUUUUUUUCCUCUCAUAGUUUCUCAUUCUUAUUUUCUUCGACCUUUUUCACUUUUUCUUUCAAUUUCUUAUUCUUUUUCUUUAAAAUUCUUCCUCUUUUCUUUUUACUUCCACGACGUUUCAUUUUUUUUACAUUUAAAUAUUAUUUUUCCAUUACAUUUUUAUUCAAUUUUCUUAUGUUUUCUUAUCCUUAUUUUUUUCGGCUUUCUUCAUUUUUUCUUUCAUUUUUUCUUCUUCUUCUUCUUUAAGAUACUUUUUAUUUUCUUUUUACUUCCACACCUUUUCACUUUUUCUUCAUUUAAAUAUUAUUUUUCCAUUACAUUUUUAUUCAAUUUUCUUAUGUUUUCCUUAUUUUCUUCGCCUUUCUUCAUUUUUUCUUUCAAUUUUUCUUCUUCUUCUUUAAGAUACUUUUUCUUUUACUUUUACUUCCACGCCUUUUCACUUUUUUUCAUUUAA